AGCAAAUGAGUGCAUAAAAUAAAAUAAAAAUAAAAAAAUAUUAUUUCACUCUUUAUUAACAAAGUGUGUUUUGCAUUAAAAAUCAAGGAAUUAAAAAUUUAAACCACAAAAUGGAUAUACCGAACACUGGCGCCAUUUUUACGCUCGGCAAAUCGCAUUUGGCGGAGAACACGCAGAGUUAUUUCUACAUCAAAAACGAUCCGGUUAAACGUUUGAUAUCUGGACCGCAUCAGAGUGCGGUCAUUUGUGAAAGUGGACGCUUAUUUGUUUGGGGUGAAAAUCACUAUGGCCAACUCGGUAUUGGCAGUCCAUCAAACCAAAACAACAACAGUAAUAGCAAUAAACAUCACAAUAGCACUAGUCAUGGCGAUAUAAUUACGAAGCCGACAUGCGUAAAAUCACUGAAGACGUUGGGUUUGAAAAUAGCCGACAUUGCUUUUGGCAACGAUUGGUCCAUAAUACUCACACAUUCAAAUGAAUUAUUCUACACUGGACGCAACAUUUUUCCAAAAAAUGCGAAGGUGACGCGCAAUUUUACGAUUGCCACCGUUGACGGUGAGUCAUGUCAAAUUAUACGCAAACCAUUUCGCAUUGAAGAUCUGGACGAUUGUCUGUCAAAGAAUGAAGAUGCCGAGUGCUAUACGCACGUGCUGGCUGGCGAUGAACACUUUGUGCUGAUGACCAGUUUUGGUCGCCUUAUUGGCUGGGGUUCCAAUCAAAAUUACCAGUUGGGCAUGCCCGCUGGACACACCGUGCAGAAGCCAUUCGAAAUCGAUCUCGGCGCACCCGUGCAACAAUUUGUUUGUGGCCCCGAGUCGACGCUGGUGCUUACCACUACAGGCAAGCUAUAUUUUGCUGGACAUCUGAAUGACUUUGUGUUCUCACAAUUCACCGAAUUGCAACAAAAUCUGGGUCCCACAGAACAAAUUAUAUUCAUGCACAUUUCGAAGACAAAUGAUAUAUUUAUUGUGACCAAUGCGGGCAGCAUUUAUCGCAGCAUCGAAUCGGUGCGCACGAAGAGUCUAAUCUUUCAACGUUUCUACGAUUAUGAUAGCGAGGAAAAUGGUCCAAUUUGGAAGUUGCUGAAGGGUUUCUCAUUCUACGCUGUGUUGACGAAAGCGAAUAAAUUCUAUACGACAUUCUCAGAGAGUGGACAUCACUUGAAGACGUUUCGUGAGAUUUCGAAAUUCAAAAAUUUGCGUUUACUCGACGUUGCGGUAGGUAAUAAGCAUAUAUUAGUACAUGGCAUACCGCGUUCAUCUACGAUGUCAGCAAGUGUGGGACCCAGCGCUGAACCACAUCGUUUUGCUAGUCGCACGUUUGUGAUGCCUGCGAAUUUGGUGAAUGGUGCGGGUGGUGGUAAAAGUCGCAGUCGGGUGAGCAGUGCAACCAAAGUUGAAAGUAAAGAUGGUGGAGGAGUUGAGGCAGCAGCCUUGAAGUUAGCGGAUGUUAAUAGUAAUGCGUUGACAAAUGGUGAAAGAGGCGAGGAUGUGAACAGUAAAGUGUUGGCAAAUGGCGAAAGAGAUGAGCCGACUGAUGUGGCAGAGAAAAAUACAGCGAUCAAAACAAUUGCUGACAAAAUUAAUGGAAAUCUAAGUGAGACGAAGGAAGAAGCACAAAACCUGGCAAGCGCUGGCAGUACAACAAAAACAGAUGAGCACGAAAAAACACAAGAAAAAGAAAGCAUGGAAAAUGAACAGAGGCACACAAAGGAAGAAGCUGUUGCCAGUGAGACAAACAAUGACAAUGAAACCAAACCAACCGAAACUAACGGCAAUCUAGACAUGAGCGACAGUGAACCCACUGAAGAACCCAAACACAUAAUAGCUGCCACAGCUGCUUUAGUGCACAAUGAAGCAAAAUCACCAACGAACUCGAUAAAAUCCAUAAAAUCCAUCAAAUCUAUUCAUUCUAUCAAAUCGGCACAUUCCGUUACAUUUUCGCCAACAGCAUUAAGCAAAAAGCCUUCACCAACAGCCGAUAAAUUGUUGCGACCACAUACGCCUUAUCCGGAGAGCAGCACAACUGGCAGUACACCGACCACCAUCAAAAAGACAACACCGCUACGCAAUUUCUCCUAUGAAGCCGCAAUGGAUCAUGACCACAUUGAGAGCACAUCGCCGGCGCUUAUGGAUAGUUUGGAAAAUAUAUCUGAGAGCACGGAGGGCGAAAGGGAGCAUAAAACGGCACUGACUGCAACUGCACCGCUACCGUUUGAGGAGGACGAGCAAUUGACAGUCGAAAUCAACACCAAAACAGAUCCGUUAAAUAGCACUAUUGUUGUAAACGAAAUACGUUUCAUAAACAAUGGUGUCGAUGUGACCGAUAAUGUUAAGGCGGCGUCACUUGAACGCGAAGACACGGAGAGCACACUCGACUCGUUGGAAGAGCAAAUGGAUGGCUUGACAAGUAAAUCUAAUGAAACACUAAAUAAUUUUGCUCAAAGUCAUAAUUCAGAUGAGGAGCAUGCCAGUGGUGUCGGAGAGGAAAUUAAGAACGAAAUGCAAAAAAUAGAAGUUAAAGCCAAUGAGCUGACGCAUAAAAUAGAAAAUAAAGUAGAUGAAGUUGAUGCAGAAGUAAAGAAUAUAGUCGAGACAAAGAUCGCAGUUGUUAACGAGGCGGCAGGUGAGCUAAAAGAGGACUUGACGAAGCAAGCAGCGCAUGUCGAAGAAGAUAUCGAAACGGCAAAAACUGAGCUGAAAGUAAACACUGAAAAGGUAAGCGAAACCAUAACAGAUAAAAUGGAAAAUGCAGCCAAAAAAGCCGCUACGGCAGCCAACGAUGUGCGUGAUUCAGUAGAAACUGCAGCGAAACGUGCUGCAGCAGGUGCACGCGAUGCCGUCGAAACGGUGGGUGACAAUGCUAAGCGUGUCGCAAAUGACACGAAGACUACAGUUGAGAGUAUAGGCAGUAGCGCAAAGAGAGUUGCAACGGGUGCAAAAAAUGCUGUCGGUAAUGUAUUUAUCAAAAUGUCAGAUGGCACUAAGGAUGCGGUGGACUCUGUGGCUGCUAAAAUCGCUAGCGAGGUGUCUGGUGCUAAAGAAAAUAUUAAUACAAUGUUUCAAGGCAAGACACUAAAACCGACACCGGUAGAGGAAGAUGCAGUGUCCUCAGCGUCAGAGGCUGCAUCCAAACCAAAAACUAACACCACCACCAAUGGUGAGGAUGAUGAACGUACAACAGCAUCCGUUAAUUCAACGCAAAACUCUACUGGUAAUCCAUUUGAAGGCAAUAAUCCAUUUGAAAAUGAUGAAUUUGACGAUGUGGUUGAACGUGGUAAGAAGGCAAUGCAGGAAGAGGUCAAUAAUGUGCAUCGACAAGUGGCACAAGAGGUAAAGGAUACGGAGAAGGAAACAAGUAAAGUGCGUAAAUUUUUCAGCGAAAUGCGUGGAAUAUCUUGCCGCAAUGAGAAAUCGGUGGCAGUUGAUGAUGAUCCACCACGUUAUUCACUAGAAGAUCCUACACCAGCACAUCGCGACCGCGAACAGAACAACACAUCGAAAGUAUGCUCAAUAUUAUAAAUAAUUUCGGCUGAUCUCUUACACAGCCUCAAAUAUGAUUGCAUUUCGAAUUUG